AUGUCUAAAAUAUGUGAAACUGAAAUCUUUUGGACUUGGAAAUAUGAUGAUACUAUCAUCUCGUAUCUCAACCUUAUUUGCGAGCGCUAUGAUGUCCGUGAUCAAAAUAGUCUAAUAGCAACUCAUGGCCGAAAUCUAGGAACAUUUUUAACUAUAAUGAAAAGACUCAACCCAUCAAUUAGUGAUAUGGCAUCUUGUAUAGAUUCAUCUAACUGGAAUGAUACAGUUGCAGCCAUUAGAAUUAUUGCAGGAUUUGAUAAAAAAAAAAGAUAUUUUGAAUCCCCUUCUACAGCUCAACUUAUAGGACUGCUCCUAAAAAAUAUAAUAAAUGUAUUAAAAUCUCAAUACAACCAAACAAAAAAUAAAAUUGGUUAUCGCCGUGUACUUUCUUUUUUAGUAGAAUUUGAAACCCAUUGGCUUCCCAUGAUUGGGAGCAAAAUUGUGUCUAGUCAAAACAAUAGAAGAAAAAAUCACGAGGGAAAAACUGUUGAAGAAAUUACGCCUAAUGAUAAGAAUCUUAUAGUAGAAUUUUUAUCUCGCAGACGAGAUAUUCUUUUUGAUAAAGCACGUCAAAAAUUCAAUGAUCAAAUUUUCACUCAAUUAACAUCAGUGGAAAUGAUAUAUGUGCAGUGUUUGAACGGGCGAAGACCGGGAGAAAAUAGCCGCACUUCAUUAAAUGAUUAUAAGAAUAGAACCAUCACCGAUCAAACUAGUCUACACUUCAAAGGUCUUUCGAAUGAGAACAAAAAACAAGCUUUAAAAUUUUCUGUGAUGAACCUUACUGGUAAAAAAACUGAAGGGCUCGAUGGUCGCGUAUAUCUAGACACAAAGGACAAAAAAAUAAUAGAUUUGAUCGUAAAAAACAGAACUAAAUUCGGCGUGUGUCCCAAGAACCAGUACUUAUAUGUAACUCCAAACAUGAAGGAAAAUGAGCAUUUGAAUGGGCACGAAGUAAUGAAGAAGUUAGUUAAUUUGUGUCAUAGAACUUAUAAGACAUUUGAGCAAAUUUCAAACGUUACGGCUACUGGAUUUAGAAAAUUCAUUGCUACCCAAUACAAAAGGCAAACCAAUGGACAACACUCAAAGCUGCUUAUUAGACAUUUAUUUCACACUGAGCAAACUCACAAUAAAUAUUACAGAGGAGUCCUUCCCCAGAAAUCUGUAGCGGUUACACAUAUCUUAGAAGAUAUCAUUUUAAAGAGAACAGAAAUACAGGUUGAUCAAGAUGAGGAGAUAGACACUAACUCUGUAGAAUCAAGUCAAUUUGGCUUUUCAGAAAAUAAACAGCAAACAAAAGCUAAAUCGGUGAGCCGAAGAUCAUGGAGUGACGAAGAUAAAGCCGAUUUUGAAAUUGGUUUCAGUCAGGAAUUGAAAGAUGGCAGGUAUCCUACAUAA